AUGUCUGCCGUGCUGUACGCGUCGUGCGGUGCGGAGGGUGCGCUGGCAGCUAAAGCUGCUAGCCUGGCUUUUGGCUUAGUGGUCAGCGUGCUCGCCUGCCGUGCUGGACGCGUCGUGCAGCACAGGAGCUCCGUAUAUUCCAGCUCUGCACAGUAUAUUACCUUUCUGUUUGACCCGCCGCUCCCCAACCACGCCCACAAAGGAAACAUGCGCGAGUGUAUCUCAGUGCACAUCGGUCAGGCCGGCGCUCAGAUUGGAAACUCCUGCUGGGAGCUUUACUGCCUGGAACACGGAAUCCAACCCGACGGCCAGAUGCCAAGCGAUAAGACGAUCGGCGGAGGGGACGACUCUUUCAAUACCUUUUUUAGCGAGACGGGCGCGGGAAAGCACGUGCCCAGAGCGGUUUUUGUUGAUUUGGAACCCACGGUUAUUGAUGAGGUGCGCACCGGGACCUACCGCCAGUUGUUCCACCCUGAACAGCUGAUCACCGGGAAGGAGGAUGCGGCCAACAACUACGCCCGUGGACACUACACCAUCGGCAAAGAGAUCAUUGACCUGGUGCUGGACAGGAUCCGCAAACUUGCAGAUCAGUGCACCGGCCUUCAGGGCUUCCUGGUGUUCCACAGCUUCGGCGGAGGCACGGGUUCAGGAUUCACCUCCCUCCUGAUGGAACGUCUUUCAGUGGACUACGGAAAGAAGUCCAAAUUGGAAUUUGCCGUCUACCCGUCACCCCAAGUCUCCACCGCUGUGGUGGAACCCUACAACUCCAUCCUGACCACCCACACCACCCUAGAACACUCGGACUGCGCCUUCAUGGUGGAUAACGAAGCCAUCUACGAUAUCUGCCGCAGGAACCUGGACAUCGAUUGCCCUACUUACACCAAUCUAAACCGACUCAUCGGUCAAAUGGUGUCCUCCAUCACCGCUUCCCUCCGUUUCGACGGCGCCCUCAACGUGGAUCUGUCGGAAUUCCAGACCAACUUAGUCCCGUAUCCUCGCAUCCACUUUCCCCUGGCCACCUACGCGCCGAUCAUCUCCGCGGAAAAAGCCUACCACGAGCAACUCACCGUGGCGGAAAUCACCAACGCCUGUUUCGAGCCGGCCAAUCAGAUGGUCAAAUGCGAUCCCCGUCACGGGAAGUACAUGGCGUGCUGUCUUCUGUACCGCGGCGACGUGGUACCCAAAGACGUGAACGCCGCUAUCGCCACUAUCAAAAACAAGCGCACCAUUCAGUUUGUGGACUGGUGCCCUACCGGUUUCAAGGUGGGCAUCAACUACCAACCUCCUACUGUCGUUCCGGGCGGAGACUUGGCGAAGGUCCAGAGAGCGGUGUGCAUGCUUAGCAACACCACCGCCGUCGCCGAGGCCUGGGCUCGCCUCGACCAUAAGUUCGACCUGAUGUACGCCAAGCGAGCUUUCGUUCACUGGUACGUGGGCGAAGGGAUGGAAGAAGGAGAGUUCUCCGAAGCCAGGGAAGACAUGGCGGCCCUGGAGAAAGAUUACGAGGAGGUCGGCGCCGAUUCCAUUGACGACCAGGGAGAAGAGGGAGAGGAAUACUAA